UCUCCCUGGCGGAGCUCAGAGUGACACUGACGGGCGAUCUGCCGCGUCCAGAGCAGCAGGCAGCAUCCGGGGGGAGCGAGGCCGGCCCGGGGGCCUCAGGCGGGCUUCCUGGAACCCCGGCCCCACGGCCGCCUCCACCCUGACACAGGCCAGAUAAGAGCCGGGCCGCAUUAUCAGAGGCCGGCAGCGCACUGUCCCCGCGGCACACGAGGAAGCCGGGACGGGGGGCUCCUCCGAGCGUCUUCUGAGUGGCCAGGCUGGACAGGCUUUGCUGGGACCUCGCUCGUCUCCUGCAGCGGAUGGGAGCCACCCCUGCUGCAGCCAUAGAGGAAGCCAGGCUGCUUCGAGGGGGAUAGCGUGACAAGGUCCUGAAUGUGACACGGUCCUGAAUGUGCAGACCUGCUGGACGGUGACAGCCAUGUCCAUGCGGGUGCGAUUCCUGUCCGCUGGGGACACAGGGGCUGUGGGUCUUGUGGGCCGGAGCGCCUCCUUCGCGGGCUUCAGCAGUGCACAGAGCCGGAGGAUUGCAAAGUGCAUCCACAGGAACUCAGUGAGGUCUCGGAUACCUGCAAAGUCCUCCAAGAUGUAUGGCACACUGCGGAAGGGGUCUGUCUGCCUGGAUCCCAAGCCACAGCAAGUGAAGAAAAUCUUUGAAGCUCUGAAGAGAGGCCUCAAGGAGUGCCUGUGCGUCCAGCAGGCAGAGCUGGAUUACCUGUCAGGACGCCACAAGGACACCCGCAGAAGUUCCAGGCUGGCCUUCUAUUAUGACCUGGACAAGCAAACGCGCUCUGUGGAAAGGCACAUUCGGAAGAUGGAAUUUCACAUCAGCAAGGUGGACGAACUCUAUGAGAGCUACUGCAUCCAGUGCCGCCUGCGGGAGGGCGCCUCCAACAUGCAGCGAGCCUUCUCCAGGUGCCCGCCAAGCCGCGCCUCCCGAGAGAGCCUGCAGGAGCUGGGCCGCAGCCUGCAGGAGUGCACCGAGGAUAUGUGGCUCAUCGAGGGAGCCCUGGAGGUUCACCUGGGCGAGUUCCAAGUGAGGAUGAAAGGCUUGGUGGGCUACGCACGCCUCUGUCCAGGAGACCAGUACGAGGUGCUCAUGCGCCUGGGCCGCCAGCGCUGGAAGCUUAAGGGCCGGAUUGAGUCAGACGACAGCCAGACCUGGGAGGAGGAGGAGAAGGCCUUCAUCCCCACCCUGCAUGACAACUUUGAGAUUAAGGUGACUGAGCUGCGUGGCCUGGGCUCACUGGCAGUGGGCACAGUGACGUGUGACAUCACCGAGUUCUUCACCGCCAGGCCUCAGGUCAUCGUGGUGGACAUCACAGAGCUGGGGACCAUCAAGCUACAGCUGGAGGUGCUGUGGAACCCAUUUGACGCUGACAGCUUCCUGGUGUCACCAAGCCCCAUUGGCAAGUUCUCCGUGGGCAGCAGGAGGGGUUCCUUGUACAAUUGGACACCCCCAAGCACCCCCAGCUUCCGAGAGAGAUACUAUCUGUCUGUCCUACAGCAGCCAGCACAGCAGGCCUUGAUGAUGGGCGGGCCGAAGGCCACGUCCAUCCUCAGCUACCUGUCCGGCAGUGACCUUCAGGGUCCUGGCCUGUGGAGACAGAGUCAGGAGCUGCCUGAGAUGGACUCCUUCAGCUCCGAGGACCCCCGAGACACUGAGACCAGCACAUCAGCGUCCACCUCGGAUGUGGGGUUCCUGCCCCUGGCCGUUGGCCUCAAUGCCUCCAUUGAAGAGGAGGCUCAGGAGGAACCCCCAGCCCUGGGCCUCCUGCCAGAGAUGGCCCACCUGGCUGGAGGCCCGUUUGUUGAGCAGCCUGGAUGGAGGCAUUUGGGAGUAGAGAGCCCCAAGCCGGCCCAGGGCUCCCUAUUCCACAACCACACAAUCCUGGGCCACGACGAGGGAGAAACAGGGCACAGAGUGGACGAGCCUGGGGUGACCCUCGAGAGGCCCCUCCAGGAGGUCCUGGAUUUACUGAGGUCUGUGGAUCCCAGCCAGCCCCAGCUCCGGGAGCUGGAGUACCAGGUCCUCAGCUUCAGGGAGCGGCUGGAGCCCCAGGGAGCCUGCCCAGAGCAUGCCUCUGCCGAGAGCCUGAUGGAAUGCAUCCUGGAGAGCUUUGCCUUCCUCAAUGCUGACUUCGCCCCGCAGGAGCUGCCCCUGUUUGGGGGUCCCCAGGACCCCAGAAAGGGCAGGCCCCCGCCCCCACCACCAUCACUGGAAGCAUCUAGAAUGCUCACGGCUGGUGCCCCAGAGCUGGAUGUGCUGCUCAUGGUCCACCUCCAAGUCUGCAAGGCCCUGCUGCAGAAACUGGCCUCUCCUAAUUUGUCACGGAUGGUCCAGGAAUGUCUUCUGGAAGAAGCUGUGCAGCAAAAACAGGUGCUGGAGACUCUUUUGGCACUUGACUUUGAGAAGGUCAGCAAGGCAACCUCCAUUGAUGAAGUCAUCCCACAGGCUGCGCGGAGGAAGGGGUGCCUGAGGCUGUGGAGAGGGUGCACGGAGCCCGGCGGGGUCCUGGCCUGCCCGGCCACAUCGCUCCUGAACCAGCUUAAGAAGACAUUCCUGCACAGAGUCAGAGGGAAAUACCCAGGACAGCUGGAAACCGCAUGCCGCAGGCUCCUGGAGCAGGUGCUCAGCUGCGGUGGGCUGCUCCCCAGAGCCGGGGUCCCAGAAGAACAGACCAUCACCUGGUUCCAGUUUCACAGUUACCUGCAGAGGCAGAGCGUCUCUGACCUGGAGAAGCACUUUGCCCAACUCACCAAGGAAGUCACUCUCAUCGAGGAGCUGCGGUGCACGGGGCAGCUCAAGGCGGUCAGGAAGCUGCAGGGGAAGCGGCUGGGCCAGCUUCAGCCCCUGCCCCAGACGUUAACAGCGUGGGCACUGCUGCAGCUGGAUGGGACCCCGCGGGUGUGCAGGGCAGCCAGCACUCGACUGGCCGGGGCAGCCAGGAACAAGAGCUUUCGGGAAAAGGCCUUGCUCUUCUACACCAAUGCCCUGACCGAGGACGAUGCAAAACUCCAGCAAGCUGCGUGCGUGGCGCUAAAACAUCUCAGGGGCAUGGAAAGCAUCGAUCAGAUCGCCAGCCUGUGCCAGUCUGACCUGGAGGCCGUACGAGCUGCAGCCCGGGAGGCCACGCUGUCAUUCGGUGAAAAAGGACACUUAGCUUUUGAGAAGAUGAACAAACUUUGCUCAGAGCAAAGAGAAGGUGGCUUUUGCCAGGAGGCAGACGUUGAGAUCACAAUAUUCUGAGAAGCCUCAGCUGCUGAGCUCAAACCUGGCAUCUUUGCUUUUGUUGCUGCCCAACCUCUUCACAGGGCCGGGGUUUUGGUGGGGGCACACUGCGUGCUCCCCCAGUCGCUUGAGCUGCCCGGAGCUCCCCGAAUCUUCAAACGAGUUACAAAGCUCCAGGCCACCACGGAGGCUGUGUGUAGGAGCCGAAAAAGGUGAAGUCAGCACUUCAGAGGCUUCACAACAGACAACUUCAAUCAAAUGAUCAAUUUUUUGGAUUUGACAAUCUGUCUGACCUUCCUCAGAAAGCAGAGCGGGGUCAAUGCCAGGCUGCUGCGCCACAAAGGGCUGGGCCAGGCAGGGUGAGGCCUGGCAUAGGAGGCUCCAAGACGAAUGUGCUUAGCUGGAGGUCUCCCUGUGGGUUGGCAAGCUUGGCAACUGGGUCCCAAACUGGGAUUGAAGUGGCAAGCAGGCCGAGUGACCCUGCUAAUAAGGAAAUAGGGUGAUGGGUCGAAUCAUUUGAACAGCAUCCAGCUGUCACCUUGGCAAGCUGGGGAAGGCAAACGGCCAGGAUUUCUAUGAUUCAUUUGUAACCUACACUGCAGCCCAAAUGCCAGUGCGGAGCCUGGUGGCGGCCUGCUGACCGUGGGCUUUAUUUUCACUGUGUUCAGUAGUACAAGGAAAAGAGAAUGCCAAUGGUCAAGAAGUUGCAAGUGUCAUGGCAGUAAAGGCAUGUACUUUUACCUCAUUAAUCAAAAUGGAAUCCAACUUUUGAAGUCAACUUAAGGCCUACUAAACAGUUUCAGAAGCCAUAAGCUAGUUUGAAAAAAAGACUCACUGAAAAGCAUGUUUAAAGAAAGAAAAUUAGUUUCCUAUUUAAGUCUAUUAAAAAAAAUGCUGAUGUGUCCUCAGCUGUUGUGUUAAUAAUGUAGAAAACCUAGGGGUUUGAAUGAGGCUAUCAACAACGGCCUUGAAAACUUUGUAACUUAAACAUCCUCAUUUAAACUUUCUGUAUAUAUUUUGUGCUUUUUGGUUUAACUUAGUAUUUAUUUACCUCAUUCCUAUGUUCAAUCUUCUGACAUUUUAAUUAAAAAAUGGUUUUUAUUGGUGUUUCACUUUACCUGAAAAAAGCAGAA